UAUAUAUAUAUAUAUAUACAUUCUUAUUCUUUUUAGAUCCCUUUUGUUCUCCUUCUUUUAAUAAUGGUUACUAUUCAUACUGAUCAUAAAGAAUUAACUACAGAAGAAUUCAAUACCUUGAAAUCAAAAUGUUUAGCUGCCAAAGAUCUUUCUUAUUCUCCUUAUUCUAAUUUCAGAGUAGGAUGUACAUUGAUUACAGAAUCAGGAACAUAUAUAUCGGGAGCCAAUAUUGAAAAUGCAUCAUAUGGAGCAUGUAUCUGUGCUGAACGAACCACAAUAUCAAAAGCGUUAUUGGAAGGUCAUAAGAAAUUAAAAGUCAUAGCUAUAUCAAGUGAUGAUAAGGAUCCAAUAUCCCCCUGUGGAAUUUGUCGACAAUUCAUAAGAGAAUUUGGAGUUGAUAUCCCAAUUUAUAUGUUUGGGAAUUCAGGACAAUUCAUUAAAGUUUAUUUAGAAGAUUUAUUACCCUUAAGUUUUGGACCUGAAAAUUUAGGUAAACCAUCAAUUGGUUAAAUCAUGUUGUUAUGAGUAUAUAAAUUAGUAUAGAACAAUUGUAUAUAUAAUGCAUUUACAGUUUAGUUAAGUUUGAUUUAGAGUAGUAGUUGAAUGAUAAUGGAGACAUUGCAACUGAAUAGUUACUCUAUAAGUAAUAUCUAUUAACUUAUAGUAUUAUACCAAUUAAC